AUGGAAACUGCAGCAUAUGAUGUUGCUGCUUUGGCAUUAAAAGGUCUUGAUACCCCAUUGAACUUCCCGGACUCAAUGUGUUCAUAUACUAUGCCAGCUUCCCUAACAGCAGCAGACAUACGCGCCGCAGCUGAAGUUGGAGAUGAAGGAGCAAUGGGGCAAGAGUUUUUUUAUGAAGAGGAAAUGUUUGGCAUGCCAAGAUUGUUGGUUGACAUGGUAGAGGCAAUACUUAUGAGCCCUCCUAGGAUGAAGACGACGCCUUACGAUGAGUUGCCUGAAUAUUCUGAAGCAUCAUAUACUCUUUGGAGUUACCUUUAA